AAAAUUAUUUCACAUUGGACAUUUAAGGUUUAUCAAACUUCGGUGACCUUUUUAACAGGUCAAAAGGUCAUAUUUUUGACGUUGCAUUGUUCAUUGCAUGCGCUUAUGGUUUGACGACUGUAAUAUCACACACAUGAAAAAUAAUAAUUAUAAGUAAUAGCAUAAAUCUAUAUGAUUUGACUUUCUCAAACAAUAAACAGAAUGUUAAAGAGUUUAUCGGGGUAUGAACUUGGUUGGUGGCUAUAUCUUCUCAGAAGCCCUUCGGGCCUCACGGAUUUGAACACGAAAUCAUGCAAGUUCGUAUCCCGUUGAACUUUUUAACAUUUCUGAUUAUUUCUUUGAUAUUACAGAAAUGACGUUUUACUCAUAUGUAGGUUCAUUUAAGGAAAUAUAUUUGCAAAUGUAAAUAUUUAAAGAUAUGUUGUUUAUCAGGGCAUCGUUUGACAUCCGGAGAUAACCCCAAGUAAAAAUGUAUAUCUGUCUGUUAAUCUGGGUCUUUUUUCAUUUACUUAUUUUCCACCAUGACGAUGAGAGCACACUUGAAAUUCAUUGUCCUGCUUUUACUUCCACAAAUAAUUGGAAUGCAAGGAUCUGUAUCAGAUGAUGAAGAAUCCAUGUUUGAUGGUUCUGGCUCUGGCUCUGGCUCUGGCUGCUUCGAGGUGACCGCUGUACCCGGGCUUUGUGACUGUACGGUCCUGUACGACUGCCUGGAGACCAGUUCCCGAUCACAGUGUGAAUCCACUCUUGGGGACUGCUUCACUAGAUUCGACGGAACAGGGGGAUGUGACGGUGAAACAAAUUCUACCAAUAUCUCGAAUAAACCACCAAAUGGUGAAACGAAAUCCACCAACACUUUGAAUAAACCACCAAAUAAUCUUCAUGAUUCAGCAAUUGUUUCCCAAACGUCUUGGUUUGUAGUUGCAGUGAGCGCUUUGGCCGCCUUAGUUGGUUUGCUUUGAGAGCAGCUGACCGUCACUGAAUGACUGUAGUUAAACGGGCCAACCCACUAUUCCAUACAAACCACGAUCGAGAGAGGCAGAGUUGAAAUUUCUAUGAUUCUUCUGUAAUUUUGAUUAGUUAAUAGCUGAAAAUAUAUUCCUUUUUUAUAUACAGUAAAUUCACACUUGGAUUAAAGCUUUACAGGUAAAAUCUUACAGUUACUAUAAUAAAACCAGUUGUAUUGUUGCAUAUUUGCAUUCAAAUGUCCAAUAUUGUUUUCAGUGCCAUGAUUUAAUUUGUGUACAUUAGACUAUUUAAUUAUAUGUAAUAAAUAAAUAUUCUUAUCUUUAUAAUACUUAGAGAAAUAUUUUGCCUUUUAUUGCAACUACAUGUGUACAUAGUGACGGUUUAUGCUUUUCUUGAUAUUGACGUCAAUCCAAUAUGAUGUAUAACCGACUCUCGGACAAGAUAAGGGCGGAUCAGGAACUUUUCCUGGAGUCCAAUCCCAGCUCAAGCAUUUUGAAAAGGCCAAAUUUGGCUCGGCUUGAUAUUUAGAAGACGUUUAUCCAUGCAAGCAUCAAGCCAAUUGGAAUCUCAGUCGAGAUUUGGGCGGUUCCAGGAACUUUUCUAUAUCCUUGUGUAGCAGUAAAUAGGCAGAGAGCAAUGAAACGUAUGACAAAAAUUCUUUAAAUAUUGAAAGCAACCCUCCAAAAAUUCAAAUAUGAAAAUAGAUUUGCGUUGCUUAUUCUAGAUUUGUAAUCUCAGUUGAAUUGAAGGGGUUAACGUUGCUACAAUCCACAGGUUUUUAAAGUGAGCUUUUCUAGUCAGAAUUUAUCCGUUUAGAACUGUCGUGUUUGUUGUCGUAAAACUUUUCUUCUCUCCAGAACCAAUUUGCCAAAGUUGGCAUAAAGCAUCAUGGGGAGAAAGGCUUUUUAUUAAGUCUAAAUGAAGAGCCAUGUUUGAUUUUCAUCAGAACAACCAAAUAGCCUAAUCCAUCCUUUAACGUAAGGGUCUUAUUUUUUUUGGUAGAUUUUUGUUCUCUACAAGGGUUUAAAGUUCAUUAUAGAAAAAAGUAUAAAACAGCACAUACAUUUUCCUUCCGAAAAACAUAAACACGAUAAUUUAUUAUAUAGAGGGGACCAGUUACACUGAAUUUUUAGUGUCAUAGAUGCAUGUCGUUUCGUCUGUAUGUCAGAUUGAGGUUGGGGA